CUAACCGGAUCGGACAUUGAGAAAGGUAGCUUGCACUGGAGUUCGAAGCGAAAACCCUGUAACCUUGAAGCAAGAAUCCCUAAUGUGUACAUCACCGACGUGUAAUAUGUCGUAGCCAUCCGCAGUUUCUCCUCGGGUACUUCUCGAAAAUUCGCCAUUCGAUCCAACUGAGCAGCUCUCAGAGGCGAGAAAAUUGCCGAUGCAUGGGAUCUGUGCCUCAGUAAACGUGGCAAUAGCCGAGUCCAGAGACUGCAUCGGUGUAUCGAGUUGAGAAUAAAGGUCAUGCAGCGUAGUCAAUGUAGGAACCAGUAAAUUAUAAAAUUGCAUCCAUCGGAAAUCGUUUUCCAUCAUGCCUGGAGGUGGUCGAGCCGGUCGUGCCUUGUUGAUGAGAUCGAAAAGUUUGAUGUUGAGGCGUUUGGUAAGUUCUUGCUCUUCUUGAUCGACAUGUCGCGGGUCGAUAAACCGUGA